CUCCAUCACCAGCAGUCCGGAGCGCUCAACAUCUCUUCAGGAAUUACUACAGAUUCCCGACGCGCAGCGAUGGCCCCUACCACCAAGAAGUCGAAGAAGACCGCCGACUCCAUCAACUCGCGCCUUGCGCUUGUGAUGAAGUCCGGAAAGGUCACCCUUGGUUACAAGUCCACCCUGAAGACCCUCCGCUCUGGCAAGGCCAAGCUGGUCAUCAUUGCUGGUAACACUCCUCCCCUCCGGAAGAGCGAGCUCGAGUACUACUCGAUGCUCUCCAAGACCAACGUCCACCACUUCUCCGGAAACAACAUUGAGCUUGGUACAGCCUGCGGUAAGCUCUUCCGCUGCUCCACCAUGGCUGUCCUCGACGCUGGUGACUCGGACAUCCUCUCCAGCAGCUCUUAGAUGAGUUCUGGCUCUGCUAGGUUAUAGUUUAAAACAUGUAAUCUAGAAAUGAAGUCGAUUCUCUAAAUUGGAACAUGCAUAUUGCGAUUUUCUGUGACUGUAUUACCGUUCUAGCGCAAAUUAUCGAACUACCAAAAUAUCGAAACUGCUUUGAUCACUCAAAUUAGAG